CAAAGCCCAACCAUUAUUUGCUGUGACAUGCGCACAUCAAAAUAGAGAGAGCGAACGAAGUGAAAAUCCUUGGAAUCCGUUUUGAACUCGCCGUCAUAACUCAUUCCACUCUUCACUGAUCGGUUUCGUCGAUCUCCACCGCUUCACCUUGUUCACCAGAUUGUCGGGUUUCAACCCAAAAAUUCAAUUUUUUAAUUCAAGUAAUGAUUUUUAUUUUGGUUUAUAUGCUUCAUAAUCAAUGAAUGAUUGUCCUAUGGCAUGAUCACCGUGCGUUUUAGCGGAUUUCUCUUCUGGGUUUUUCAGGGUUUCGUCUUUGCUUUUGUGGGUCGGUGCUUUUUUUCUUGAAAAAUCAAAUACUAUAUAUUUUUUUUUUAAUUUGGGUUUUUGGGGUUUUUUUUUUAUUCAACCAAAUUUUUUGAGGGGUUUGAUUAAAGUGAUGCUGGACUUCAGGGAAGGUUCCAAUGUGAAAGGGUUACUAUUUGGAUUUUGGGGUUUGUUUUAGGGCUAGAAAUUGUUGGUGUUUUUGGUUGAACAUGGAAAAUAAUACUGAGCUUGAAGAAGGAGAAGCUUGCUAUUAUAAGGAUGAUGAUGAAGACAACAUUGACCUUGAUUCUCUCUCUUACAUUGACGAGAGGAUUCAACAUGUUCUGGGCCAUUUUCAAAAGGAGUUUGAAGGUGGUGUUUCUGCCGAGAAUUUGGGUUCGAAAUUUGGUGGCUAUGGUUCCUUUCUACCUACCUAUGAACGCUCUCAACCAAAGACACCGCAAAGAAACCACAGCUCACCAAAAUCUCCUAUCAUUCUCCACAAGGAGGCUGUGUCUCAUAACAGAAAAGCACCCUCAAAUAUGCCUCCUACCGCAAGGAUUGGAAAUACUUCUCACAGUUCAAAUUCUUUUCAUGAUUUAAGAGCAGCUUCAGUAGAUAUCUCGGUGAAGAAAGACAGUAGAGUUUCUUCCAACGAUGUAACUGGUAGGUGCACUUUGAAAGAUGUUACCGCAAUCAAGACAGGGAAUUCAACUGACCAAAGAACGCUGAAAUUUAGACUCAAAAUGAAUUCCAACAUCUUGCAACAAAAGACUGCGGAAAUUUAUAGUGGCCUUGGGCUUGAUGAUUCCCCAUCUUCCUCAAUGGACAACAGCCCUGUGGAAAGCGAAGGCACGCCACCUGUAUCUAAAGAGAAAGAUGAAGGUUCUCCAUCUGGCAUUAUUCAGGUUAUGACCUCCUUUCUGAUUCCUGGCGGUGUCAUAAUAUCACCUUUACAUGAAAGUUUGCUCAACUCAGUGAAAAGAGAAAAAGUUGUUGGAGACAACAGAUAUAUCUCUUCACGUAAUGGUCAUCAAGAACCUUGUUCUAUGUCUACUGAUGAGUCAGAUUCUUUUGCUGCGGAGGGACAUUUGAAGAAGAGGAUAGUGAGAAUAGUGAAAAGGGAAAAGCAGGUGGAGAUGAAGCAUAUGAAUGGCACCCUUUCUGAGAGUGAUAUGGCAUUGCAAACGAAGAAAAAGUUGGGAAAUAGGACACCGGAUUGCAAGGACUUUCUCUCUAAUGACUUGAAAUGUACACCUCUUUCAAGUUCAAUUUGUGAUGCUGGUGAAACUGCUGAAGUCACUGCUAAAGCUUCUAAUGUCACCAAAAAGUUUAGUGAGAAUGGGGUGCAAAGCAGAACGGUUCCUGUUAAGGCAUUGAAGGAGGAGUCAUUGGAGUCUAUAUCUGGUCAGGAUUUUAAGAAGGUUGAAAAGCCAAAUGCAGGAAAUAGUUUUAGGAAAAAUGUUGUAGAAGUCAAACUGGAAAAUUCCCAAAAGGAUAGUUCUACUGACCCUAAGAAUGAAAACAAGUGUAAUACUUACACAAUUUCCAUAAAUGUUGAGUGUGAUGCAGUCAAGAGUAAGAUAGACAAAAAGUACGAGACCCCACAGAGGGUAAAAGCUGUAUCUGAGGGGAAGAACAAGUCAAAACGUGAUCAGAGUCCUGAAAAACCUGAGGCUGUUGCAAGAAAAGAUAGCUCUGGUGGUACUAACAAUAAUGCUGUGGUAACUGAUAAAGGGAGUGCUGGCAUUGGCUCGGGCAGUAGAAGUAAUAAAAUGAUCAAAACAAAGUCAUUGAAGGAUACUAAGGUCAGAGAUAGUAGCAAAGGUUCAUUGAAAGAAAAAAAUUCAGAUUGGAAAGUUGAUGGUUUUCCUGGUAAUAGUGCUAUAAAAACUUCUAGCAUUAUUAAUAAUGAAAAGCCGAUCACAUUCGGGGCUAAAGUAAAGGAAAGACCAAGUGGCAAUAAAGUAGUUAACCACUUGCAAGCGAGGCCAUGCAAAACAGAUGCUUUGGGUUCAUUUCCUACUGCUGAAUACAACCCUGCUCCGGAGACGAUUCCUACAGCAGCAGCAGCACCUCAACUUAUUGCAGAAAAUUGGGUAGCUUGUGACAGUUGCCAGCAAUGGCGGCUUCUACCGACUGGUGUUAAGACAGAGCAACUUCCAGAGAAAUGGUUGUGUAGCAUGCUUGAUUGGCUGCCUGGGAUGAAUUCUUGCCACUUCACUGAGGAUCAGACAACAAAGGCACUGUAUGCUUUAUAUGGAAUACCAUUUCCCGUGGAUCAAAAUAACUUGCAAACAGACGCCUCGGAUACUGCAUUUGGCGUGGGCUCUGCUGAUGGUUCGCAGUUUGGCCUGCAUCACAGAAAGUCCAGUUCCGAUGCAUUGCUUGAGCGAAGAAAGAAGAAACAUGUUUUCAAGGAAAAGAUGAUGUCAGGGGUCAAUAAUGAUAUACUCCCACUCUCAAACUCCGGAAAGAUCAGUGCUCAAGCAUCCGGAAAAAAUAGAAGCUUGAAUGACGUGAAUCAACAUCCUACUGAUUCAAAAUCAAUGAAGAUGAUGAGUUCUAAACAUUCUGGCAGGUUUAACAGCAUGGUAGAAGAGAAACACAUGUCUGAAGAGAAAGAAAAGCAAAUAAGUGGAGGUAACAAAAAGCAUAUUAAAUUGAAACGUAAGAUGGAUGCCGAUGAUCAGUUGAGUUCGGGAACUCUUAAGAAAUCAAAAACUGAACAUGUUCCCUAUGCUGGUAAACAAUUAGAUCCUGGCACGGGCCUCAGGAAGGUGGUUAUAAAUGCAAGAAAUAAUUUACCAACAAAAGCUAUCAGGAAGGAUACGAGCAAGUAUGAUGAGUAUUGUUUACCUGAAGAUUCAGAGGACAGCUUAUUAGUCCCUGUAAAGAAAGAUGUAGAUCAGGCUCAGGUCUCUUCUGGCAGUCGCUCCUUGGAUGUGAAGAGUAGAAGUAAAAGCGGUGUUUUAAUAAAUAAAAGGAAAUUGAAGGACUGGCCAAAUGAUGAGACUGAGAAGCAAAACAUCUCAUACUCUUUGCAUGGUGAUAAGCAGUGUGGUGAAGAGGGAAAUGCAAGAAAACUUAGGAAGGAAAAUCAGAGUAAAGUUUUGGAUAAAGAGGCGGAAUUAGUAACUGAAGGUGAUGAUAAGUUGAGGAAAGGUGUGAUGAGGCAAGUUGGUGGCAUACCAGGCAGUCAGGACCAAAUGACUGUUGAGACCGAAGCAAGAUAUGUUGAUAACGAUCUGCAGCCAAUGAAGCGCAGAAAAAAUGUUGCAUCUCAUCAUGCUUUUGACGGUAUUGAUCUGUCGAGAAAAGAUUUAGGCCGUGGAGGACAACUUGCAUUUGCAGCAACUUCAAGCUCUUCAAAGGUUUCAGGGUCUCAUAAAGCUAGAACCAACUUUGAUGAUGUGAAAGGUUCUCCUGUGGAAUCUGUUACAUCGUCACCUUUGAGGUCCUCUAACUUGGAUAAACGCAUUUUGGCAGCUAGGGACGUUUCGGUGAAGGAUGAUGCUAUGAAAGUCCGUCUCUCUUCAACAGGUUCAAGGAAAGGUGCAGAUAAUAGGGAGGGGACUGUAUCGGUAAAAUUGAAGGAGGACAGGGUUUCAUAUAAUGCACAUCAUGCAUCGAACAAAUUAUCUUCAACAGAUUACCCGGUUAAGGAAGCUAAAGACAAAGCCAGGGUCCAAGCUAAAACUUAUGAAAUUAAGAGUAAUCAUUUGAUUGCUGUUCCUGUUGAAGAACAUGGAAAUUGUGCUAAAGGCAUGCACCGUGAGGAGAAAGUAAACAAGAACAACCAGGAUGAACUUUCCGGGAGGAAAUCUGAUAAGGUUCCAUCAUUGCACAACAUGGAAAAGAACAGAAGGUCUGGUUCUCAGGUUGGUACAGAUAAGAUGAAGGUUUCGGCUUCAGAGAAUUUUUCUUCCAAAAAUGGUGGAAUGUAUGAUUCAGAAGCUGAUCCUAGUUAUCAUGCAUCUGGUCCUGAGACAAGAAACGAUGCUAAAUACCAUUCUCCUAUGUCUAAAUGUGAGAUUGACAAUGUUAGCCAGAAGAAUGCUUUAAGACACGGGUCAAUUGAAACUGGAAAGCAAACUGAGCUGAGACCAAAAGACUUUGAGAAAUCAGUUACGAAGAUGGAUACUCAACGUUGUACUGGUACUAGAAAGACUAUCUCACAGCAGAAUGCGACUCAGGAUGUCGAUGAAGAAAGCAAAGCUAAUCAUGUUUACACAGAAUCAAGAGAUAGGAAAUCCAAAGUUAUCUCAUCUGCUGAUGGUGAAAUAAAAAGGGAAACAUCGACUGUACCUCGGUAUCAUAAGGGAGAUUUUGCUAAUGAACAUCCAGUCCAAGACGGCAACAGUGGUUUGACCAAGUUAACGAGAGAUUCUGCUGAUUCUAGUGGCAAUGUCUUAGUUAAUUGCAGUUCUGGAAGUCUUGCACCUGGCCAACAACUCACUGUGUCAAGCCCUGCGAGAACAAAUGCUAGCCAAACUGCCGUCGACACCCUGGAUGAAGCCACAAAGCUAAAAGAAAGAGCAGAUCAUUAUAAGAACUCCGGAUUUGAUUUCGAAAGCAAUGAGACCUACUUUCAAGCUGGUUUGAAGUUUCUGCAUGGAGCGUCUCUUUUGGAAAGUUGUCAUAAUGAGAUUACCAAGCACUCGGAGAUGAGUCAAAUGCAAAUUUAUGCUACUGCAGCCAAACUUUUCAAGUCCUGUGCCCACGAAUACGAAAGUCGGCAAGAAAUGGCAGCAGCUGCUUUGGCAUAUAAAUGCAUGGAGGUGGCAUACAUGAGAGUGGUUUACUGUAAACAUUCUAGUACAAACAGAGAUCGGUAUGAGUUGCAAUCAACUCUUCAAGUGGUUUCUCAAGGUGAAUCUCCUUCAUCUUCAGCAUCUGACGUUGAUAACUUAAACAAUCAAGUGGCAAUGGAUAAGGCUACUUUGCCUAAGGUUACUAGUGCUCAUGUUGCUGGUAACCAAGUCAUAUCUGUUCGAACUCGUCCAAGUUUGCUCAGGCUUCUUGAUUUUACUCAAGAUAUAAAUCUUGCAAUGGAGGCUACUACAAAAUGUCAGAGCACUUUCACUGCUGCCAAUGCGAUGAUGGAUGAAACACGUAAUAGGGACUGUAUAACUUCGAUUAGAAGGGUUAUCGAUUUCAGCUUCCAGGAUGUAGAUGAGCUUGUACGUCUGGUUCGGAACGCAACAAAAGCCUUAAGUGGUGCUGGUCUUGGUGGUGGUGGUAGAGAUUAACUUGUUCCUGUAUAUAAUGUAUUUCACCGCGAUUCGCUUCUCCGCCGAGACGGCAUUCUGAAAGGAAGAGGCUAAAGAACUUCUCCCAAAAAGGGUCACAUGAAAAUAUGCCAAGUUGGCUUGUUGCUGGUGAUCUGUUACCCUUGUGUACAUUUGUACAAAAAUGUGAUUGGUCAGAAAAUUUUGUAAGGAGAUUUUUAAUUAAGGUUCAUACAAGUAGGGGCAUAACAUACACCCUUAUAUUAUGAGUUAGAAAGAGGGAAGGGAAUUCUGGUUAUAUUGCAAUAGAGUUCAGUGCUACAUUCUUUGCUCCACUUAAUUUGGAGCCUCUAGAUAAAAGAAUAGAGUAUGGAGAAAAUGUUAGGCAACCAUUUUUGAGGGCUUUGAAUAUUGAUAUAGUUAUAGUAGGUUCAUUUUUUUUUAUGACACACUCACCUUUGGUUCUUAUUAUAUCAAAAGUUUUGAAUGAAUAGAAAAUGUCCUUGCAGAAAAUUUUCUUGUGUUGUGUAUGUCAUCAAAUAUAAACUGAUGUUAAACUACUUCAUCAGAAAUAACAUAUAAGCAAGUUGAUGUA